AUGAAAGAUGCUAUGACUAAGCUCUGGCAUUCGAGAUUGGGACAUAUGAGCGCUAAAAACAUGGAAGUCCUAGCUAAAGAAGGUUUUUUACCUCUAGGAGAAGUUGGAAAACUGGACUUCUGUGAAAGCUGUGUACUCGGAAAAUCUCAUAAGCAGAGCUUCCCCAAGGCCAAGCAUACUACCACGAGGAUCUUGGAGUACGUUCACUCAGACCUCUGGGGUUCACCAUCAACACCUGCAAGUCUCGCAGGAAACAAGUAUUUCAUUAGUUUCAUCGAUGACUACUCUAAGAAGGUUUGGACUUACUUCUUACGAACUAAAGAUGAAGCUUUUAUGAUGUUCAAAGAAUGGAAAGAGACGGUUGAGAAUCAUACCGAGAAGAAAAUCAAGUGCCUGAGGACUGAUAAUGGCCUUGAGUUCUGCAACCACCUAUUUGAUGAGUUGUGUCAGAGUUCUGGGAUCAAGAGGCAUCGAACCUGCACAUAUACGCCACAGCAAAAUGGUGUAUCAGAAAGGAUGAAUAGGACAAUUAUGGACAAAGUACGAAGUAUGUUAGCAGAAACUGGCCUGGGUCAGGAGUUUUGGGCUGAAGCUACUUCUACAGCAGUAUAUCUGAUAAAUCGAACACCAAACUCCACUAUUGGGUUCCAACUACCUGAAGAGAGAUGGACAGGUCAGAAGCCAGAUUUAUCAAAUUUGAAGAGGUUUGGAUGCACUGCGUAUGUUCAUGUAGUUCAAGAAAAGACAAGUCCUAGAACUAUCAAGGGUGUGUUUGUUGGUUAUCCGUUUGGAGUUAAAGGGUAUAGGGUAUGGAUUCCUGAAGAAGGCAAAUGCACAACUAGCAGGAAUGUUGUGUUCAGGGAGGAAGAGGUCUAUAAAGACACCCUAAUUGAUACUCCUAAUGCACCUACAAGCUCUAAUGUUCAGUCGACUCAGACUACUUCUUCAGAUGAGAAUACGUCUCAAGGUGGAGAUUCAUCAUCUCAAGGUGGAGACAACUACAUUCCGAGUUCAGAGCCUUCGAGUUCAAGCAGCUCCAGUGACUCUGAUGACUCAGACGAUGAGGGCCUGUCAUUUGGAGAAGAAGAUGAGUCAGAGGUUAUAGCUGAUAUUGAAAACUAUCUACUAGCACGAGAUAGAACGAGAAGGGAGAAUAUCAGACCUCCUUCGAGAUAUGAAGACGCUGACUUUGUGGGCUAUGCGUUGCAAGCUGCAGCUGACAUAGAAACAGAAAUGAAAAUCCCAAGAUGGAGCUCACUCAUGAAAAAUCAUACCUGGGAUCUGAUUGACAAACCAGAUGGUGCUCGGGUUGUAGGCAGCAAAUGGCUCUAUACGAUCAAGUCUGGAAUUCCUGGAGUUGAACUGAAACGGUUUAAGUGUAGACUUGUUGCUCAGGGAUUUUCUCAGACUGAAGGAGUUGACUACAAUGAGAUCUUCUCGCCUGUUGUCAAACACGUAUCGAUCCGGAUUAUGCUAUCUGCAGUGGUAAACAGGGAUUAUGAGUUAGAGCAGAUGGAUGUUAAAACAGCAUUCUUACAUGGAGAUCUGGAGGAGAGAAUUCUAAUGAAACAGCCUGAGGGUUUUAUCAAAAAGGGCGAUGAAAAUAAGGUUUGCUUAUUACGAAAGUCUCUCUACGGUCUAAAGCAAUCUCCUAGACAGUGGAAUCUAAAGUUUGACAGCUUUAUGAAGGAGUCAGGGUUUAUCAGAAGAAGCUAUGAUUCAUGUGUUUACAUGAGGAAUCUAAACAAGGAAAAUGCAGUUUACCUGUUGUUGUAUGUGGAUGAUAUGCUGAUUGCUUCUGGGUGUAAGGCUGAGGUCAGAUUGGUUAAGGACACUCUGAGUCAGAAGUUUGAAAUGAAGGACUUGGGUCCAGCGUCGAGAAUCCUGGGAAUGGACAUCAUCAGAGACAGAAAGAAAGGGAUUCUCAGUUUAUCUCAGGAAACUUAUAUUGAAAAGGUGCUAAAGGCAUUUGGAAUGUCUGAUGCUAAGUCUACGAUUACUCCUCUAGCUACUCAUUUCAAGCUAAAGAGUCUAGGCAAAGCAUAA